UAGGAAUAGCAACAAAGUUCUAUAAAACACUCUACAGUGCAGAUUUGUGCGAAAACGCCAUAGUCCAUAAUUUCGCAAUCAAUUUAAGUUAAUAAACGUCCCGUAGGUAGUAGGCCGGAAGGUGUGCUCGUAUUUUACCUGACACGUUCUGUUAUGAGCAAGGUAGGGCACGAUUAGUGAUAAGUAUUUAUUUAUUAUCAGAAAGGUAAGGUAUAAUCGCAAAAUAUAACUCACAUAUGUCAAAAACGUAUUGGAUUAAAGUUUACGGAAUAAAAGUUUAUCUGUCAAAUAAAUAAUUUUGAUUUGCAGAAAUGUACGUGAAAAGUGGAUUCAUUCGUGACACUAUGGUUGCAUUGUUAUACGCACUUCGCAUUUGUGGUAUGGCACCUGUUUCAAUAGUUCGCAAAAAAUCUGGCUACCAGUUUCGCGUUUUACGAUCUUAUGCACUUUACGGCUAUAUCCUGAUUUCAUGUCUAAUUACAACGCACGCAUAUUUAUAUAUUAGCAAUGCCGCAUCCCUUAAAAGUCACAUCAAAAAUAAUACGUUCAAUGCUACAACGUUUAUGUGGAUUACUGAGACCUUCACAUCAGUCAUCCCUACUAUCGUUGCGUCACUUAAUGGUUAUCGAAGAAUGGAAAAGUUUAUAGAACAUUUGAAAUGGCUUGAUAAGACUAGUGCUAAAAUAAAGAUACCUCGUCAAAACGGAAGGAUAUACAAAAUUAUUAUCAUCUUGGUCAUACUUACAAGAUUUUUUUUGGAUGCGAGUUACAUAUACAUUCUGGUCGAUAACUUUGGGAUUCGAAGCCUUCUUUCUUACAUGUACGUGAGUGCAAUUAUUAAAUAUUUUUUAAUAUGUUUAUUGCAAAUGCAUAUUUACGACAGUUACCUUGAGGUCUCAUUAAAAAUCGGAUAUAUAAAAGAUGAAUUACAAGAUCUUGUCGAUAAUCGGUUAUGCGAUGAUUCUACGCAUUCGUUUUACAGACAUUCAGUGGAUGAAAAAGUAAAAAAACUACAUGAUCUGUUGGACAAUAUCAAAACAAUAUAUUUGAAACUGAAUAAGCAUUUUGAAAUCAUCUUCUUUUUCAUUUUAGUAAACAUAGUAAUUAGAAUAAUUUUAUGUUUUUACGGUAUAUCAUAUAUUAUUCAAAAUGGCUUUGAAGAAAGUAGCCACUACUGGGAUGGUUCGCCCUUCUGGUCCUUGGGGUUAUACGGGAUUCACAACUUUGUAACCAUAUUUGUCGUCAUUCAACCAUUUAGAGUUAUCGCCUGUGAGCUUGCCUACAUAAAAUUGCUGAUGGGUCGUAUGAUGACAUUGAAAAACUACGCGUUCCGAAUUUUCCCUAACGUUGAUUUCUUUCACAAGGAUUUGAUAUCGUACGAUUUUUCCUACACACCUCUAGGUAUUAUUACCAUACAGAGAUCGAUAAUUAUUAAGGUAUUAGCUAUAGGAAUAACGUGCUUGGCAGCAAUUCUGCAGUUUCAGAAAUAGAAAACCUACUCACAAACUUUAGAAUAAAAAGUACGAGAAUGCUUUAUCUGGCGCACUGCAAUUGAUAUUUGAAUCUUUUAUCUAUUAGUAAUGUUAAAUAGAAGGUAUUAAGUCAUUUAGCUACAGUAAAAUUUUACCUAAUUAAUUGAUCUUCACGAUUUAAGACAUUAAUUUAUGUAUGCAUAUCUAUAACGUGUUUCCAUAACAUUAAGAUCCCUCGGUAAGAUAAUUAAUUAGCGUAGAGCUUCUAUAAUUGAUUGUCUAAAAUAUCUUUCGUAGAUUUAUUAUUAACAGUAGUCCAUCUUUUCUUGAGACAUAAGCUAAGUAGUGUAGUGUUUCUGGCUGUAAGCUAUUUAAAGUAUAACAUAAUAGUUUUAAGGGAGUUCUUCUUAUGAUCGGUUUGCCGUGUUAUUUAUUACUCUUUGGUGUUAUACUUUUAUAAUCCUGUGGCCUGCGACUAGUUAGGUACUGGCAGCAUAAGAUCUUUUGUGAUGUGUGAAAAAAUAAAUAUUGA